AUGUUACUUAAAAACUCCCACCACAGGAAUCAUGCCAUCAGCCCACUAGAACAAAUUCUCCUUACUUUAAGAUUUUAUGCUACCGGUACUAUGGAACAGUGCUCUGGUGAUUUCUUUGGAAUCUCAAAAUCAGCCAAAGUCAAAGUCAAAAUAGUAGCAGCAUGUAAGAUAAUACACUUGGUGUCAAGAGUGAUAAGCACUAAAUUAAACUAUUUAAUUACGAUGCCACAUACUCCAGCCGAAAUUAAGGAUGUUGUAGCCAAGUUCUAUUCCAUUGCAAAAUUUCCGAGUGUUGUGGGAGCAAUUGAUUGUACACAUAUACGUAUUGUGGCGGAUGGGGUGCGAGAAAAUGAAGAUCGUGGUGAAAAUGCGGAAUUGUAUAGAAAUAGAAAAGAUGUCUUUUCUAUCAAUGUCCAAGUGGUUGCUGAUGCCGAUCUAAAAAUUAGGAAUAUCGUUGCAAGAUGGCCAGGCUCAGUACACGACAGCACUAUUUUUAAUAAUAGCCAGGUUAAACAUUUGAUGAACUCUGGACAGCUUGGCAGGUGUUGUCUUUUGGGCGAUCGAGGCUAUGGCCUUAAACAAUAUUUACUAACACCUCUGGCUGAUCCUCGAACAGCUGCCGAAAAAUUGUAUAAUGAGAGUCAGAUAAGGACAAGGAAUGUCGUGGAACGAACUUUUGGUGUUUGGAAGAGGAGAUUUCCAUGCAUAGGCUCUCAGCUUAGGAUAAAACUAGAAAAUGUGCAACCUAUAAUUGUGAGCACGGCCAUAUUACAUAAUAUAUGUAUUAUGAAUAGGGAAGAUUUACCUACUUGUGAAAGUGUUCCAGAUAGUAUUAAAGGGAAAGUAAUAUAAUACUUCCAUUUUCUGAAAUUGAUCAGCAAUACAGAGGUGAACUGAUCACAACUUAUUUUAGCUCUCUUCUAAACUCGCACGAAAAUCCAAUUAUCACAGAAUAGUAUCUAUAUAAUAAAAUAAAAUUGUAAACUUCACUAUUUAAAACCAGUUUUUAGUUUCAGUUUUUUUGAAAACACUCGUUAGUAAGUAGUUUUAAUCUAAUCCUUAGAAAUAUAAUUCUUUGUAUGUAUUAUUUCCCAAUGGUACAAACUAGGAUUAUAA